UUCACUUUUUCAGACUCUUACUCUGGUAGCGAAAUCGGCAUACUUGUCUUAUCAGAUGACUACUGUGUUAACAUGACCUGAGACUUGUGCAUAUAAAAAUAGUGAGCCACUUAUUAUUGAAUAUUUGUAGUUCUUAAGUUCCUGCCAAUUAUCAUGUGGUGAAACGACUCGAAAAAAGGAGAAGUUCCACCACAUUUUCUUGACAUGAAUCUCACUUUCGUUAAUUUCUGGACGUGUAUGAUUGUUGGCUUACUGUUUUGGAAAUCAUCUGAAGUGGAAGCCUACGGGCAUUACCAUUACGGAGGUUGGGGCGGAGGUUGGACAUCGGGUUGGGGGUGGAGGAAUUAUUACAAGCCAAAAUUCGGGCAUUACCACCAUCCGCACUACUCACACGGGCAUUACUACAAUUACCACAAACAGCAUUCUCCUUUAGUUUUCUGGAAAACGAUUUAUUUUGGAAAAUGAGAUAAAAAUAUUUCGUUCUUCAACCUGUGGUAAAAUUGUUUUCCAAGAGGAUGUGGGUGUGAGACGAGGAAAGCGUAGCGUCCUAUUUUUGUUUAUUUAUCUAAAAAAAAGUGCAAAGCCAAGAAUAUUUACCACAAAGUGUAUGAGGAAAAGUAUAAAGCCAGGGAAUUGCCAUAUUUAUAGUGCAACCUGCAACUGAUGCAUUUCCAGUCGUUCGACACUGAUUGUUGGUAUGAGUGUGAAUAUUUACAAGAAGUGAAACAACAAGAGAUCUUAGAACUAUGAAUCCAUCUGCAAAAUUGAUUCUGAUCGGCAUUUGCUUGCUUCUUGUGAUUAUGACCAUUGUAGAAGCACAUGGUGGUUAUCGAGGAGGAUAUGGAGGUCAUCGGGGUUAUGGAGGUUAUCGAGGAGGUCAUCAUGGAGGGUAUCGAGGGGGUUAUGGUGGUCACCGUGGGGGGUAUGGGGGCUGGGGAAAAUAAAAUUUAGUCAUAAAGGUAGUUGAGUCUGAAUAGCAAUUUAACAUGUGUCCAUAAUCCAAUAAAUAAAUAGUUCGUGUUUAAGCAAGUAAAAUAAUAAGCUAAUCAUAUCGUGCGAACAUUAGUGACUUUAUAAAUUUAGAAUGGCCAUGGGUAAGUCUAUAUAAGAAAAUAGUAUUUCCAAUUCUUCUUAAUGUUGACAACAACACCGGAAACUGAGAAACCACGAUGACGGCAUCUCUCCUUAAACCCACAAUGCACCACAUCAUUAAAUAUGACACAUCGCAAUCACAUAAUGCGUAUCACGCAAAACUUUUCUUGAAAAUAGUUAUACACUUGAAUUGAGCAAAAUUUGUAUUUUUUGGGCAUUUUUGAAAAAUGCCAUCUCACAAUCCGACAACAUCUCCGAAAUCAAGCAGCACAAACCAUCCAGAAAUUAGUGAGAAUAGUGGCCAUCAUGGGAAUCGGUGGGCUAAUGUCAUCCUGGACUUCACGAGCAUAUUGCUGGCUGUCGCCGAGAUAAGCCUCGUUCUAUUUCUUUCAAUCAAUCACUUCAGCCACUCGCAGGGAGUAAUUGCCAUUGCGAUGCUUGGACCAAUUUUCUUAAAUUUUGUUGGAGUCACAUAUUUCCUCUCAAACAACGUAGAGAGGCAAAUUUUAGAAGAGAAAGGGUCGUCACGAUGCGCAAAAGAUAUUUUCCAAGUCCCAUUAUUUGGUCCCGUAUUCACAGCAAUACAAGUGUUCCUGAUUUCGUCUGGACUUUCAUCGUCUCGAGAUUAUGCUAGGUUUGAAGCACUCGCCAUAAAAAUGCGACAAGCCGAGUCCUUUUUUGGGGCCGCACCCGAAGCUUUAAUUCAACUAACAGUGCUGUUAGUCGCCGAAGAACAAGAACUCACUUUGAAUCAAUAUUUAGAAAUCACCAUCGUCAUUUUGUCCGUCAUUACACUCAGCGAGGCGAAUAUGUACGCACUUUCGUCAAAUUACUUUCGGCUUUUUCACACUUAUGGCCCAGACGAUUGGAAACUGCCCCACUUGGCAUUUUGGCAAAAGUGCAUCCUAUUUUUCCAUGCAUUUUUCUCCAUCGGGUCGAGAUUGGCUGCGAUGGCCUGUCUGAAAGCCGCCGUUAAGUAUUUUGUUCUGCCGUCUCGUACUCUUGGACUCUCUCGAAUGACUGCACAAGAAUCCAACAACUUGGGAUACUACUUGGCCGUGUUUUUCCUCGUGGAGAUUGGAUUUCGAAUGAUGAUUUACUACAUUAUUCGACUGGUCAAGUACAUGAUCAUCGACGAUGGGAUUCCCAGUGGGUGUUACGAGUCAAUCAGCUACGGUUGGCGAGCCACAAUUUUGGACUUGGGCUUUCAGUCCAAAAACAUUGCGAUUCAAAUUUGGUUCUAUUUGGAGAAUGCAAUUUGCUUCAUUAUUUGGUGGGUGGCCGUCUCGUUCGAGGCCGGAGCAAGACCAAUGGUUGAACAAAUUAGCAACAAUGUCCUGGCACCAUUAGCUGCAAUAUUUGUCAUGUUCACCCUCAUCUCCGUUUUUCUGCUCUUUGCCUGCACCGGGCUCAAACUCCACACUUUAAGGAGCCCGUUCCACAAAAUUACAUAAUGUUAGUCGUGUAAUUAUUACGUACGACAUAUUUUUAAAUACAUCAAGAUACUAGUUGUUUAAUGAAAUCUGCCAUGCAAUUUGGGAUUCAUGGACAAGUAUUUCACUGUAUAUGUGCAUCAAGAUUAUUUGACAUUUUACGACUCCAUAAGUGUUGUUGAGGUUAGUGUCACUGAAGGGACACUUGCGUUAUCUAUAAACUAAAAGUCAAGCAAUUGCAAUUUCAAACUAUGUACAUAUACGAGGGGUGAUCAAAAUUACAUUUAACUCCUACUUCCUGUUAAGCUUUUCGUACUUCAUUGUGUCAUCUAUGUAAAUUUGUACAUAUGUAAGUGCUUCGACGUUCUCGUGAUUUCUUUAUUCAAUUCGGCAUUCCCACAGUUUGGUUCCUGACAGGUAAACCUGUCAAUUUGAACCUGUCAUGAAUAACAACUUGUCAUUUGUUAAUUAUAAUCUAUUUAUUUGCUAACCUUGGUUAAACCUGAAAAUCAACGAAACACUACAUAAACUGGGUGAUUGUAGCCAUGCAUUUAAUUUAUAGGGCGUGCAGAUUAAUAAUAAGAUUUUAAUCGGGCAUACCGUAAAAUGUAUCGAGAAGAUGGACAGAAUACAUGGAUGAACGAAAUGAAAUGAUAUGCUUUGAACUUGGAGAAGUGUGUGACCAAAGCUCAUCCAUCGACACUUUUGAUCUGUGCAUGCUUAUUUUUAGAAGGCAGUAACAAUUCAAUUAAAGCUUAAUACAUCAGAUGGCAUUUAGAUAAUUAUCUUUGUUCUAGAUAAAUCAUAAAAGCUGAUAAUGUACCACAUGUGACGGUCUCAUUCAUAUUAUAAUUGUCGAAAACAUGUAAUUUAUUGAAGAAAAAACGGCUCUACUCUGUUAACCAACCAUUUCUGUUGGUGACAUUGUGUCGUGCAACAACCUCUCCCUCGCUACUUUAUGACGAACUGCAUAUACGUAAAUAGUAUCUGCACUUUGUCUUCAUGGUUGAGUUCAGUUACAUGUUCACUAACAUAAAAGUACAUCUUUCAUGUCCCUGAAGAAAUCUUGCCUCGUAUGAAUGUUUUAAGCUAAAAACUUAAAAUGCUUCAAGUUUGUUUUAAUUCAGUAACAUAACCAACAGAGCCCAACAAAUGUAUGUGGACCUACCGUUCAAAUUCAAAAUUGUAGCUCUGAAAUUCUGAACAUAUUGAAUACAACGUAACCUUGGGCAAAAAUAUUCGCGGACUUAAACUUUAUUUUAUAGAUUGCGUGUUUUAAUGAAUUAUCUUGGAAGCAUUAAAGCCAUUUAUCAUCGUUCGUUACGUACUUUCUCUGUGCUAUAAAGCAAUCAUUAUUCUUUAAUUUAAAAAAAUCGUGUCUACAAAAAUGCGUAGCAAAGUGAGAAUUAAUAAAUCUCAUUAUCAGUAUUAUUUGUACGUGCCCAUGUUGCUACUUACUCCUUUUUUGUAUUCAAAGCGACAGCCUCUUGUUUUCAAAGAAAUGUGGUUUGGAAUAAAAAUGAGUGGCUACAGUCAA